UUGGUAUCGGAUAUUUUGUUGUUUGGGGCAAGGCUGUUUCUAAGUUGAUUCAAAAUUAUUUUUAAUUAUCUUUAGUUUUGUUUUUUUGUGCAACUAUUUAUUUUUAAUUUUAUUUCUUUUUAUUCGAUAAUUAAGCCACACGUAUCUUCAAGUUAGGAUAUACAUUGGUUUGAUUCUGGUCGCCCUUAAAGGUGUAACUAUUUAGUUACAUUGAUGGCUCCGCAGAGUAUUUAUGGAAGUCGAUCGACCACUUCACUGGCCUCGCAUCGAUCUAGAGCUACAAUAACACACAGUCUACCUGGAUCGAGAAAAUUAGAACCUAAAUGGUGGCAAAGAAAACCACUUAUUGAAACUGCAUUUUUUACCGAUCUCCAAAAGGGUUCUUAUAUUGCUGCAAUAUAUACUCUGGUUGAAAGUAUAAUUCAAAUAGCAUUAGCAGUAUUUGAUACAUACUGUUUGUUUGAAGCUGCUCCCGGUUCAAGGCAUUUCAGAAGCGUUGGUAUCAGUUUUCUCUUUGUUUACAGUGGGAAUGAGCACAUCCGGCGCUCUUUGAUAGCAUGCUCUUUGCUGUUAAUAUUAAUAUCAAUCUACCUGUUGAUAUCUUCAAUAAUAUUGAUUCCAGCUCUAAAAAAGGAACAGGAAGCUAAAUUUAAAAAUUGGCUUAGAGCGAUGUCCAUUUUCAUUAUUAUACGUACAUGUGCAACCAUGUUUCAAUCGAUUGCAAAUGAUUUGUUUUUCACUUAUCAUCAAAUGAUGCUGCUUAUUUGGCUUUUUGCAUCCGUUUUGAAUGUUUUCGCUUUUCUCGUUAUUGUUUCCAAUUAUCAAGAAUUAAAUACUAUUACUCAUUUGGAGGAUAUGGCCAAACUUAAAAUGAGUACCAUAAGCUCACUCAACGCUUCUCGAACUCUAUCUCAUCAUUCGCUCGACUCAUAUAGGGGACCUCAUUUAACGACCAACCCAUCACCCAAUACUUCUAUCCAGGGUACACCAACAGCCCUCAGAGGUUCUCAUGCUUCAUCAGAAAGCUAUAACCAUUAUUAUCCACAACCAUCGCCUCGUCUUGGUAAUCCACCUUCUGCUAGUUCCAUACCAUUGGCCGCUUUCAGCUUGAAUCUCAAUCCAAACGGGACAUUCUCAACGCCAAGAUCUGCACAAGGCUCCUUAGGGGGUGGUUCACUCUCUGGUGGACGAGGAUCGACACCAUCGACAGCACCGAUUUGAUCUUAUUUUAGAUCAUUAUCAUCAAAAUUAUUACCUUUGUCAUUAUCAUGUUCAUCACUUUCAUCGACAUCAUCAUGCAUUUCAUCGAUAACUAUUAACGUUAAUCAAAGUUAAGACAUAAUACGCUUCAAUCGCAUUCAAAAUAUAUACAAAUUCGUCCACCAAUGCCUUCACUUUUGUUUCAAAUUUACCAAUCAAUUAGUUUGAAUGUGUAAACAUAGAUCACAUUAACGUCAAUCAAAAAAUUUCUGCAUUUUCAACUUUGUUCAUUUCUGCCAAUUUUUCGAUGCCUUGGAACAAACUCGUGUUAACUAUAAUUUAAAUAACUGUGACCUUGGAAUUUAAAGUAUACCGUCCAAAUUGAAUCUCUUGACAGCUAUCUGUAUCUUGAUUUUCCAGUUCAGCUGAAUUUAUCAAUUUCAUUCCCUCCAUUUUUCACAUGAGCAUACCUAACACACACACACAAUCACACUCUUUUUCUUCGUUUGUAUAUAUUUAAAAUUUAUCUUUGAUUUCACAGGCAUUUAUCUAUUAUAUUUUUAUAAUCGCAAAGUUAAUAAUAAAAAUAUGUCAAAUUGUCUAAUUA